AUGAAAUAAUGAUUCUCAAAAGUUGUAAACCCAUCUUCAUCAGAGUAGAAUAUUACAGGUAACCAUUUAGUCCCGUCGAAUUUAGCAUGAUAAACAUUUUAGAUACAUAGCCCUUGAUUAUCAUAACCAUAUACCCCGGUAGAUUCCCUAGCACAGAAGAAUUCAAGAUUCAAACAUUCAAUUUAGUCAUUUGUGUGAAGAUGGCGGGGCUUGUUGCGAGGAGCACGCUCUUCUCCUCUAAACCAGUCAUUAUCUCUUCCACUAACAAAUUCCAUUUAGUAAGAAGCCAUUUUGCUGUCGCCCAAACGCAGGCCCCUCGAAAACUGCUCCUCUACAGCAAAAAGGGCUGCUGCCUCUGUGAUGGACUCAAGGAGAAAUUGCAUUCUGCCUUUCUCAUGGGUGGUCCUGAUUCACUAGCCGAUGUGCAACUAGAGGUGAGGGACAUUACUACUAACCCCGACUGGGAGAAGGCCUACCAAUACGAAAUUCCUGUGUUGGUUCGACUCCUUGCCGAUGGCUCCGAGGAAGUUUGCUGUUUCUUAAAGAGGUUUUGAGAGACAUGUGAAGGUGACAGCACAAGUCCCUUUCCUUGUCUUCGGACAUCCUGUAUGCAUCUUUGAAACAGACUGUUUCCAAGAAGGGAGACUGAUAUCAAGGAUCAGGGAACAAGUCUCAGGUUAGCUAUAGAUACAUCCUAUUAUAUAGUUAAUCCUUAAUUUCUACGAUAUAUUAAUAUAUAAUUAAUUUCAAAUGUUGCUAUUGAUUAUAGUAUUUAAUUUAUAAGCAUUUGAGAGGUCGUUUCAUGGUUUUACGUGACACUUGUUUAGAAAGGCAAAGGCGAACUGAAAAUAUAAUGCUGUGAAUUUGGGAAUUAACUGUAGUCAUAUAUUCAGUUGACAGAUUCCUAUGUUAUCAGACAUAAUUUACAGUUUAAAGUUCAAAGAUGUAUUUAGUGAAUUGGGAAUGGUUGCACAGAAAUUUGCAAGUUGAGAUACAAUUGACUAGGUUUAAAAUAUUUUUAUAUUGAAGCUUU